AUGACAGCCAUGAAGGGAGAUUCAGAGGACAGCAUUGAAAGCAUCAGGCCCUCGAAUUUACAAACCUUCGCCAACUCUUCCACGCUGCAUGGCAUGAGCCACAUUUUUGCCUACGGACAUAUGACAUUCCGUCGUUUCUUGUGGACACUCUCGUUCCUGGGCUCCCUCGGUCUGCUGCUGGUGGUAUGCAUGGACCGAGUUUCUUACUACCUAGAGUUUCCUCAUGUCACCAAACUGGAUGAAGUGGCAGCCCCGAACCUUACCUUUCCUGCUGUUACUAUUUGCAAUCUAAACGAGUUCCGCUUCUCGAAGAUGACCAAGAAUGAUCUUUACCAUGUAGGAGAACUGCUAGCUUUGCUCAAUGAGAACUAUCAGAUUGCAAACCCACAUCUAGCAGACCCAGAGAUCCUUGCUGCUUUGAAGGAAAAAGCUAAUUUUGUUAACUUUAAGCCCAAGCAGUUUAACAUGACCGAUUUCUACAACCGCACAGGCCACGAUAUCAAUGACAUGCUUUUGCAAUGCACCUUCCGAGGGACUGAGUGCCUCCCUGCCAACUUUACCACGAUUUAUACUAGAUAUGGCAAGUGUUACACCUUUAACUCGGGCUUAGAUGGCAACCCCUUGCUGACAACAUUAAAAGGUGGCACAGGAAACGGACUGGAGAUAAUGAUGGAUAUUCAGCAAGAUGAAUACCUGCCAGUGUGGGGUGAUACAGAUGAAACAUCAUUCGAAGCAGGCAUCAAAGUACAGAUCCACAGCCAGGAUGAACCCCCCUUCAUAGACCAGCUGGGAUUUGGUGUGGCCCCUGGUUUUCAAACUUUUGUCUCUUGUCAGCAGCAAUUGCUUCAGUAUCUUCCACCACCCUGGGGCGACUGUACAUCCACCCCCAUAAACUCGGACUACUUCUCCACCUACAGUAUAACAGCAUGUCGUAUUGACUGUGAGACUCGUUAUCUGCUCGAGAACUGCAACUGCAGGAUGGUUCACAUGCCAGGAACCACCACAGUCUGCACACCAGAGCAGUAUAAGGACUGCGCAGAUCCUGCCUUAGAUUUCCUUGUCGAGAAAGACAACAAUUACUGUGUGUGCCAGACACCUUGCAACAUGACGCGUUAUGGCAAGGAGCUCUCCAUGGUGAAAAUCCCCAGCAAAGCAUCAGCCAAAUACUUAGCCAAGAAGUUCAACAAAACAGAACAGUACAUUGGAGACAACAUAUUGGUCCUAGAUAUAUUUUUCGAGGCACUGAACUAUGAAAAAAUUGAGCAGAAGAAGGCAUAUGAAGUGGCUGGACUACUCGGUGACAUUGGGGGACAGAUGGGGUUGUUUAUUGGAGCCAGUGUCCUGACAAUAUUGGAAAUAUUUGAUUACUUGUAUGAGGUAUUUAAGGAUAAAGUAUUGGGCUAUUUCUCCAGGAAAGGACGACCACGCCGCAGCGCGAGUGAUAAUCUGGACUACCCCGAGAACACCACCAGCCCUGGUGUCACGCCUAAUCAUACCCCCAGAGCACAUGCGACACCCUCCGGAGUCACUCGGACAGCCUCGGAUUCGCGCCGAACGUGCUACCUAGUCACCCGACUCUAG